AUGCGCGUCUCAACUCUCUGGCCCGUUACACUUCUCGUCUGCCUCGCGCAGGCUCAGACGACUGGACCGGGUGAUUGGCAAGGUGCAACUGCGAAGAGUUUCAUCUACAUCGUACCCGAUGGAUUUGGAACUGCAUCGCAGACUUUGGCAAGGGAUUAUGUCUCUGCUUUGAAGAAUGGUGGGAAUAUCAAGCGGCCCGUGACAUAUCAGUUGGCCGCUGAUGAGAUGGUCCUUGGGAGUGUGCGAACUCAAUCAAGUGAUAACUUGAUCACCGAUUCUGCUGCAUCCGCAACUGCCUUUGGCUGUGGUGUCAAGACUUACAACGCUGCCAUUGCUGUCGAUGACGACCGUCAACCUGUAGGUUCGAUCUUGGAAGCGGCAAAGCUUGACGGUUUCAAGACAGGCUUGAUCGCUACCUCUAGAAUCACCCACGCCACACCAGCCUGCUACGCUGCUCACGUCAUACACCGUGACUCUGAAGCUAAGAUCGCAGAGCACGAGAUUGGUUAUGGUCACCCACUUGGUUCAGUUGUUGACGUCUUGCUCGGGGGCGGACGCUGCUACUUCAAGCCAAAGUCUCAGGCUGGAUCGUGCCGGAGUGAUGACAUUGAUUUGUUAAAAUUUGGCAAGGAGCAAGGUUAUAAUGUCUUUACUGAUCGUGCCGGCUUUGAUAAGUUGAAGGGUGGUGAGGAUGCGAAGUUGCCGUUUGCGGGAUUGUUUACUGAAGGUCAUAUGUCUUACGAGAUUGAUCGCCAAGAUAACGUCGAGCCAUCGCUUGUGGAAAUGACCAAGACAGCACUCACAUCACUCGAAAAGGCAACCAAGGGCACCAAGAGAGGCUACUUUAUCAUGAUCGAAGCUUCACGCAUUGAUCACGCCGGGCACUCUAAUGACCCCAUCGGCCAUCUACACGAUACAAUCCAAUACAACGAAGUGAUGGACUUUGUCCGCACCUGGAUCGACUCGCACCCAGACACAACCAUGCUCUCCGCCGCCGACCACGAAACCGGAGGCCUCACCCUCCAAGGCUACAACCCUCUCAUCCUCCAAGCUGCCAACGCUUCAACAGAAGCCCUCAGCGCUCUCUUCAGCUCCUACACUGGCCCCGAUCCCUCAACCUUCCUCAAGACAGUCGUUUUCCCCAGCUACGGCCUACUCAACCCCACUGAUGCAGAAACCGCCAAACUCGUUGCCUUGAAGGGCAAGAGUUCAUUCCAGAAUGAGAUGGGCAUUAUGUUGAGUUCGAGAGGUGGCAUUGACUGGUCUACCGGUGGACAUAGUGCGGUUGAUGUCACGCUGUAUGGAUAUAGCAGCGAUAAGGGAGGCAAGAUCUUGAGACAAAACAUGGCAGGCAAUUGGGACAAUACGCAGCUGCCACUUUAUAUUGAGAAGCAAUUGAAGGUCGAUUUGGGAGCGGCGACUAAGGCUUUGAGAAAUAAGGGGACUCAGUGGGUUGGACGGAGUGUUGAGAAGAGAUUUGGGGGUGAGGAGGAGCAUCACCAUUAA